GCAUCUAUGUAGAAUGUAUUAUGGAUAGAAUAUUUUCAUUAAUAUAAUAAUAAUAAUAUUUCGUUAUUAUAGACACAUAAUUAAUUCUACGCCCAAUAUUAUUGUAUUACUGGUUGUAUGUUUUGCAGUUUUUAUUAGAAUGAUUUCGUCCCAUUUAGUUAUAUUCCAUCGCUAUGUCUGAUGACCAGUUAUCCAUUGUGUUAUUCAAAAUUUCGAAUUUCAAUUCCUUGCAUACGAACUCUAUUUUUCGUGCUGCGUUCUUUUAGAAGGCUAUACGGAAAGCAAUCUUGCAAACUUUUUCUACGAAGUAUCGAGAAUUCAAUUGUUGCAAUCAUGGAUAGGGAUAGGCCAAACAGAAAGCAAGCAAAGUUUCGAAGAACCCUGCUGAAUAUAUUGAAAACAUGUUACAACGUUUUGAAGAAACAGUCUUUGGAAUUUUGCAACCAGACUGGACUUCACGGGUACAAAUAUAUUGCCGAGCCUCACCGUUCCACGGCAGCAAGAAUCGCGUGGGCAAUAGCGGUGUUUACAUCUCUGUGCAUCGCGCUUGGGAUAAUUAAAAUCACUUUCGAUUUCUAUGAAAAUCACCAAGUUUCCGCGGUUAUCGAGACGACUCAUCACGGGAUAUGGAAUUAUCCGUUUCCGGCGGUAACCGUGUGCAAUAUUAAUCGCAUAUCCCUCAGAAUGUCACGGGAACUAGCUGAAAAAUUAAUCAUCCCACCGACUAUGUCGAAAGAAUUUAUUGUCCAAGAGCUACGCUUACUAAACGAGUUAUUAUAUCCUGGAAAGAGCGCGGUGAACAUUCGAACCAAUCUCUCGCGAUUGCAAAAUAUCUUUGACAGAAACGACUUGUCGAUUCCAAUGGUGGUCAGAGCUGUAACGCAGCCCUGCAAAGAGUUUCUAAGCUGGUGCAAGCUGACAUUUAAGGAACGCAACUGCAGCCAGAUAUUUAAAACGAGUUUCACCCGUGAGGGGAUAUGCUGCAGUUAUAAUUACGUCACGACCCCCGAAGAAGAAUCGGUUUAUCGCCGAGAACCGGUUAGAUCAGCUUCGUGUGGUUAUCAGAGUGGUCUCCAAGUCAUGCUAAAUGUGGAUCCGGACGAUUACCAUGGAAGUAUGAUAGGAUCCAUAGGGAUUAAGGUCAUGCUGCACGAUCCUCACGAUUAUCCAGAUUUCGAUGCGUUGACUAAAUUAAUAAACAUCGGAAAAUACUCAUUUUUGACCGUUCAACCGGAGAAAAUGUACUCGACGAGCAACCUUCAUUCGGUGCAACCCUCCAAAAGAACUUGCAUAUUUAGUCACGAAUGGCCUACGAUCAAAAAUGCCAUCCGUAGAGAAGACAGUUUCCCCACAGCAAAAUAUUCAUUCCGAAACUGCAUGACGGAAUGUCGAGCAUUCGUAAUAAAAAAGAAGUGUGGAUGUAUUCCGUAUUAUUAUCCACAAAACAAUACCAGAGUAUGCAAUCUGAGAGACGUUGAGUGUCUGGAAGCAUUCAAAUACUGGUACGAAACAUCUUGGCCAGGAAUGGACAUGUCGCCCAAAAAUUUACCAUUUGUAAAAGUGGACAUCCAGCAGAAACCUUGCGCUUGUAGAUCGGACUGUGAUUUUUAUCGUUUUUCCAUGGAAAAUUCGAUGGGAAACCUUAACAAACACACUUUUUACAACAAAAAUAUAAAUAAUACCAGUAAGGUUGACAUCUGGAAAAAUCGCACUAUGAUACACGUAUUUUUUGGAGAUCUGGUAUCCAUUCAAUAUCGACGUGACGUGCUUUACAAUUGGCGUCAUAUGUUUGCAACGUUUGGCGGCAUCCUGGGAUUGUUUGCUGGCUUUAGCCUUAUGUCUGUUCUCGAAUUUAUUUAUUUUUUUGUUAUUCGCGUUAUAAUAGAUGUGUGUAGAAAACGAAAAAAUACAAAAAAUACGAUCGAAACGGACUACCAAUAACAAUGAAUCGGUACAUCGAAACAAUUUGUAUCCUCUUAUUGUAUAAGU